UAGAUUGUAGGAGGGAGGGUGUCUGCUGUAGCUGUGAUUGUUUGUGCAUUGUAGAAUGAGUUUCAGUUUGUGUUGAGAUCUGCUAAGAUACCGCAGGCUGAAAAAGGAGAAGUGAUGAUUUUAUUAAGCAGCUGGGAUUAAGUUUUAAAAGGUGUGAUAGUGGAACAAACUUAAUUAUAUUGUAUGAAAGAUCUCCAGGAUAUGAUAUUCAAUUGUGGAUGACUUAGUGUGGCAUUGAAAAUUAAACUAUCAUCAAGAAAGGGAAUAUCUAUCCAUUAAUGAGAAGUUCCUAAAAUAAAGUUAAGAAGUAAAUGAAACAAUGGUGGCCACAUGAUGGUGAGGUCGGGUAGAAAUGACCAAUGGAAGCCAGGAAUAUUAACCGUGGUAACAGUCUUGAUCUUUCUGAAUAUAUUUGGAAAAAUCAGAGCAGGAUCAGGCUGUGCUAAUGGGAAGCAUUCAGCUUUAUCUGGUUUCAGUGAUUUGGCAGCUUGUGAUGGGAAUUGGACAGGUCACAUAAGGAAUGGCAGCACUGUUUGUGCUGCAGGGUGGAGAGUUUGUUCAUGGUAUGAUGCUGAUCUCCUAAAACAAUUAACCUGGGAUGAUGCCAUAUCGUUUAGUGGGUGCUAUGCUUACAAUGCAGCACAAGAUGGUGGCAGGUGCAAAGAAUGCAGAGAUGAUAUGGGACAGGAUGAUAUGGCAGGUAUCGGUCAAGGAUGUGCUCAUCAAAAUAUUGGCCAGACAUCCUGUAUACCUGGUGGUAGAAUUGAUGCUAGCUGUUGUGUUGAUUCUCACUUUCAUAGAGCAUGUCAGCACCAACCAGGUUUAACCAAUGGUGUCUUUUGUUGCAAAAUGCCAGUAAAACUACCUCGUAUUGUGGUAAAACCACCAGAAAAGAUGCAUGUAUAUACUGGUUUGAUAUUUUUAUUAGCCUGUCAGGCUACAGGCAUGCCACCUCCUAGGGUACAAUGGUAUAAAGAUGGUACUCAGUUGUCGGAGGAAAAUUCUAGAAUCUCAGUUUUAUCAUCAGGUGAUUUAAUAGUUACGCUGGCCCGUAAAUCAGAUAGUGGUUUAUAUACAUGUGAAGUUAUUAAUGAAGAAGGUAUUGAUAUGGCCAGUUCUUAUGUUGUUGUAGCAGAGUAUGAUUCGGGUUGUGUGGAUGGUACAACAGAGGGUCUACAUAUACAUAAAAAUAUACAUGCCUGUGGAGGAUCUUGGAAAGGUCAUGUGAGACGUGGACGUAGUUUAUGUCGAAAGGGUUGGAGAGUAUGUAAUCCUAAAGAUAGAAAUAGUUUAGAGGAAUUAACAUGGUUAGAUAUGUUUGACUUGGCAGGAUGUUAUGCUUAUAAUGCUGCAACAUAUAAAGGUGCUUGUAAAAAAUGUGUCGAUAGUCGAAUGGCAGGAGUAGGAAGGCAGUGUGGUUUGAUACGUUAUUCUCAGAAAUCAUGUUUAUCUCAUGGUCGAGUUGAUGUAUUUAACCCUAGGAAUAGUAUAGCCUGUGAAUAUAGAGAAGGUGCUGUCUCAGGUGUACUUUGCUGUAAGAAGAAGAAGAAAAGUCACAAGAAAAAACUUGAAAGAAGACGAUAUUGUCGAGAUGAAUGUAAAAAUGGAGGAGUUUGUGUUGGUCAUAAUCGAUGUCAUUGUGCUAUUGGUUAUAAAGGAGCAAGUUGUCAAAAUGCUAUCUGUAAACCAGGAUGUGGAAGUAAAGGUCAUUGUAUCAAACCAAAUAAAUGUAAAUGUCAGCUCGGUUAUUCUGGUAAACAUUGUAACAAAAAAUCAAAGGGAUGUAAGCGACCAUGUUUAAAUGGUGGUAGAUGUCUGAAAAGGAAAUGUCAGUGUCCCCAAACACAUUGGGGAAAUUCCUGCCAAUACUUACUACAGCAUAUUCUACUCUCUAAGCUAAACAGAACAGAAAGAUAAUUUUAAUACUGCCAAUUUUUAUCAUUUUAUAGAAACUAUUGGUUGUUUUUAAAUGUAGUAUAAGCUUGAAUGACAAAAUAUAUCUAGUUAUGCAUAUUUUCAGUGAAUAAAUCUUAUUCCAAAAAGCAAUUUAAACUUAAUAUUAUUGCAAUAGUGUAUCAUACUGGAAGUUGUAGUAAAUUUUACGUGGUUGUUUUGAUGUUAGUGAUGUAAUUUUUUAUUGACUUAUAUCUGUCAUAUUAUAUAUGUUGUUGUUCGUAUUUGUUUAAAAUACAGAAAAUAGAAAGGUUAUUUUGGUGUAAUUAAUUAUGACGUAAUUGUUAUUGUUUUACUAUGUUUAUGGAAAAUUUUAAAAAUUCAUUGAAAUCUCUAAAAUUGCUAAGUUAAGUUUUAUAUGAAUUGUAAUUUACAUUGUUUUUGAGUGAUUAUUUUCCUAUAUUACUUUUUCAAUUAUAUUUGUUUCAUACAUUUUGGACAUUACAUAUUGCGAAUCAUGAGUAUGCAAAAGCUCACUCAGUCUUGCUGUAUUUUCUUCUUUAUUUUUAAGAAUCCUAUUUACAUCUGAGUAUGCUGUUCAUUAUUUUUUUAUUACCUCACAUUGCAAUGCAAAUUUAAAGUUUGUCUUUAGUUCCCAAGCUGACUGUCCUCUAUCAGAUGUAAUAAAACCACACAUUUAAUGAAAUAUUUAUUGUGUGUGUUGCCCUUACAAAGAUAUAAUCUCAAUUUGUUCAGUAAGCUGAGAAAAAGGAGAUAAUUAAAGCAUAUCACCUCCCUUUUUCUGUUAAAUUAUGUUAUAAUUAGUUUGUCAAAGAAAUAUUGAGUACAAUAAAUUACAUUUUUAUAAGGUUUUAGCUUUUGUUAUUUAAAACCAUUUGCUUAUUCAAACAUUUUUUUGAAGAUAUUAUCCUAUGAUUAUCACUGACACAAGGGAAACUAAUCACGAAUAAAAUUAAUGAUUUUUAAAGCGGCAUUAGGUAAGAUUAGAUAAAGAGCAGACAAUUCUUGCUAUAAUAGUUAGAAAAUAAAUAAUGAAUAUGCUGAAAAUUUCAGUCAAAUUACUUCACUCUGAGCCAAACUAUUGGUGAUAAAUAGUAUAGCCUCGAUUGUCGUUACUACCGCUGUUACGAUAAUAAACAAAGUCUGGAUUAUCCAUUUUUUGGGGUUAUCAACCACAAAAUGUAUUCAGAUCUACUAAAUAUCGUAGCCAUCUGAUGGCAUCGUAGAUUAUGGUCUUGGUAAGUUAAUUAAUUUCUAAUCAAUAAUUUAUAUAACAUUUCAGGCCUAAAAAAAGACCUGCAAUGGGCAGAUUUAGCUCUUGCAUACUAGUUCUAUUCACUGUUGUCCAUAGGUAAAUACAAUACAGUUGUGAAUGAAACACAUCACAUGCCAGUCAGUGAUUUAGUAGAAAUAGAACUAAACCAUUGCCGAAAUGUCUCCACCCUACUUCAAGAUCAUAAAAAUUUGGUUAUGUUUUAACAUAAUUAGAAUCACAAUCUGAACAAAUAAAACGACUUUCAAUAAGUAUACAAAGAUGUAAUGCAUUAUGUAUUUUUAUUAAUUUUUUGUAAUUUAAACUUUGUUUGCUACUUUGUCAUAUUUUGAUGUAAAUAAUAGUCCAGACAUUUUUUAUUAUUCUAUACAAGUAAAACCUCUAGAUUUGUAGAUAUAUGUAUUUAAUAUUAUAUUGUUUAAAAAACAACAACCACCGUUUCAGUAAUAUUUUAAGAUAUAUCUUGUAUCAGUAAUAAAGAUUAAUAAACAGAAAUAUCUACAACUCAA